AUGGCGAAAAAAAUAGAAAAGGACAGCUUUGAGUUGCUUUUGGUGUUGGUGUGGAGCGUAUGGAAGGCUCGUAACGAAUUUAUUUGGAAAGGUGUGGAUGUUUCCCCAGUGGAUGUGCAACUUAAAGCCCAAUCUUGGUUGACGGAAUUUAAGAAAUGGAAUGAGGUUCAAUCACCUCCACCAACGGUUUGUGUUCACAAGUGGAAACAUCCGGAGUUUGGAUGGAUAAAGUGUAACUUUGAUGCGGCUUGGGAGGAGAAUGGUUUGUAUGGGGGUAUAGGAAUUGUGGUUCGAAACGCCACAGGAGGUUUUAUAGCUGCAAUGGCUUCGCGGGAGACUGGUAUCACUUCGGCUCUGCAUGCAGAGGCAGUUGCUGCACGCAGUGCAACGUUGUUUGCUCGGCAUUGGUGUGAACAACUGGUGCAGGUGGAAGGCGAUGCUUUAAUGGUGGUUUCCGCUAUACAGAGUGCGGGAACAUCUUUCUUGGGUCACUUUGGUCAUUUGUUUGCUGAUACCAGGCGCAUCUUGCAAGAAUUCAAGCAAUGGAAGUUUCUUUCGACCCAAGGGAGACGAAUAAAGUGGCUCAUCGGCUAG